UUCUAAAAGUUCGAAGAUAGGUUACUGUGUUUAGCCUUUAAACUGUGGAGGAAGCGCCCAACAAGUUGCCUAGAGUAGCGUGAGAUGCCGCCGCGCGUAGACGCGAGCGAGUGCGCCGAGCGCGCUGCUCGCGCCCUUAAUAUCUCCUUAUCAAUCCUUAUCAAACCUUAUCACUUACUCAUCGCAAACGAACUCCGAUCGAUUCAGCACACUCGCGAAUAUCCCGCUUAAUAUGUGAGAUUUAAUUAUGAUCAUGAUCAGGAAUAUUGUGUUUAAUUUGUGUGUUUAUGUGUUAUUGGAAUACGCGAGUGGCCAAGUGCCUCAACAAAUACAGAACAAAUUGGUCUGCAUCGAGCAUGACUCGUGCGGCGCGUGUCUGUCGGCGGCCUCGCACUGUCGCUGGUGCGCGGACCCGUCUUUCAGCGCUGCCGCCAGAUGCAACGAUGACGAGAGUUUAGUGUCCAGUGGCUGCAAAGAAGACAUGAUCCAGAAGCCAGCGAAGCCGGUGUGGCAGGUGUCUGAGAACCGGUCACUUCAAGACGUGGACUCUGAAGACGUGGAGGCGGUGGUGCAAAUACAACCGCAGAGAGUACGGCUGUCACUCAAACCACGAGAGACAGUGAAGGUAAAAUUCUCAUAUAGACCAGCGAAGAACUACCCGCUCGACUUGUACUACCUGAUGGACUUGACGUGGUCGAUGAAGGACGAUAAAGAGACGCUGGUGUCGCUCAGAGACGACCUGCCCAGCAUGCUGAAGAACCUUACUGAUAAUUUUAGAUUAGGUUUCGGCAGUUUCGCGGACAAGCCAGUGCUGCCUUAUAUAAAUAUCGAUGAGAAACGCCGUGAGAACCCUUGCAACGUCGAAGAGGAAAAGUGCGAACCUACAUACAGUUACCGGCACCACCUCUCCCUUACUAACCAGGUUACCGAGUUCAUCAAGAAUGUAAACGACAGCAAGGUAACAGCCAACCUGGACGACGCGGAAGCACAGCUAGACGCCUUAGUGCAGGCCGUCACCUGCGGGGACAAAGUCGGCUGGGCACAGCACAGCAGGAAGAUCGUCAUCCUACUGUCGGAUGGGCUGCUGCACACCGCGGGAGACGGGAAGCUUGGUGGAGCUAUCAGGAAAAACGACGAACAGUGCCAUUUGGACGAUAAUGGAUAUUACACCGAGUACUCCAUUUAUGAUUAUCCGUCGCUCGCCCAAGUCUAUAGACUCUUAGAUAAGUACAAGGUGAACGUAAUAUUCGCCGUGACGGAAAGAGUGAAGGACCAUUACGACAGCAUUCACCAGCUGAUGGCUGAUUUCACGUACGUCGCUAAGCUCGAGAGCGACAGUUCGAACAUAUUGAAGCUAGUCAAAACGGGUUAUGAAGACAUCGUGAGUGUCGUGGACUUCGAGGAUGACUCUAGUGCAGGGCCAGUGAAGGUCAAGUACUUCACGGAUUGUGGAGUGAAAGGGGGCUCGCUUAUAGAGUCUACGCGGUGCGCCGGCGUCGAAUACGGCAUGACGCUUAACUACGAGGUCCAUGUCACAUUGGAGUCAUGCCCCGAAUACAAGAAGUCAAACCAAACGAUACGCAUAUCGGAAAGUCAGCUAGGCCAGGACUCGCUGGAGCUGGAGGUGGAGGUCCAGUGCGGAUGCGAGUGCGAGACUAACACCGAUCAGGACUCAAGGACUUGUCCGGCUAACUCGCACCUAGUUUGCGGCGUGUGCCAGUGCAAUAAGGGAUGGUCUGGCCCCUCAUGCGACUGCUCUAUAGAAGACGAGGAGAAGUCGAUGGCUCUCAUCGCGCAGUGCCGCGCGCCGAACGCGACCCACUACAUCCCUUGCUCGGGCGCCGGCGACUGCAUCUGCGGUAUUUGCAACUGUGAUCGCGGGUUCAAUGGGAAAUACUGCCAGUGCAAGGCUUGCGAGAUUAAUAGGGAGAACGGCAUAGAAUGCGGCGGCGUAGGUCGCGGGGACUGCGCCUGCGGCCAGUGCGUCUGCGUUGAAGGCUGGAGUGGCAGCGCGUGCGAUUGCGUCGACAGGAACGACACGUGCAUCGCGCCGGGGGGAGGGGAGGUGUGCUCGGGGCGUGGGGACUGCGUCUGUGGUCGUUGCGAGUGCUCAUCCUCGGAGGAAGGCAGCAAGUACACGGGUGCGUUCUGUGAGACGUGCGCAACGUGCGAGAACCCGCUCUGCGCGAACGCAGAGCCCUGCGUCAGUUGCUUCCUGUCUAAGAACUGCACUGAGGUGUGCAGAAUUGGAGGCAGCAACUACACUGUGGCUGAGAAACUCUCAGAAACAGUUACGGAAGGCAGCGAGGAAGUAUCCUGCAUACUCCGAGUAGAAGAGGGCAGCCAGGAAUGCGAAUACAGGUACACUUACAGCGCCAGCGCCCAAGACAUGGUCGCUAUGGAACUAGUCAUCCGCUCCAAGCAAUGCGGACAGCUGACGAGCGCCAAGCUCAUGACCAGCGCCUUAAUCAUAAUGGUCUGUGUCAUAGCAGGCGGCAUAGUCAUUAUCAUGGGCAUAAAGAGUGCACAAAUAGUGUCCGAUAGACGCGCAUAUGCUAAGUUUGUUCAGGAAGCGGAGAUGAGUAGGUUGAACGCUCAGGAGUUGAAUCCUCUAUAUAUAUCGCCGAUCACUGAGUUCAGGUUACCGGACAGCUUUCCUAGGGAUAAGAAUGAUUAGUUUUAAUAACUUUGAAGUGUGGUUUAUGAUGGAUGGGAUAUGGGUUGUGUAUUUCUUUAUGUAUUCUAUUUGAAAAAUUAUGUAUUAUUCUAUUCUAAAAUAUUAUUAUAUUAUAAAAUUUAUAGAUCCCCAUAGUUACGAGGGGGCAGAGGGUGUAUAAUAUUGUACAUGCACUCAUCGUAAAGGAUGGAAUUGUAAUUGGUAAUUUCUUAAAAAAAAAAAGAGGUAAUUUCUUAUAAAGUAUAAAUUAGUAUUAAUGACACACAAUGAUUUGUGACAGUAGAUAUCUCUAAUCUUAAGUGUUUCGAGAUUGUGCCUUUCUGUGUACUUACAUCUUUAGAUUAAAAACAUAUUUAAGCUGGUCUAAGACCAGUUUAAUGUUAAGAAAACUUAUGGAACCAAAAAUAUGUAGAGUACUUAUUAAAGUUUCAAGUAAGAUAUUUUAGAAGUAAUUUAAAUGUUGAGAGUUAAAUCCUUUAGGUGCUUACAAUUAAUAGUUUGAUAGUUACGAGUUACAUUUGAGUCAAUAUUAAAGUAAUGUAGGGUAAACCGAGACGUAUCGGACCAAUGGUACGAUUGGUACGGAACGAUACUUAAAUAAAUAUUUUUUUAAGCUGGUAUAAGUAUUAUUUAUCUAAACAAAACUGAAUAAAUUCGUUAUUCAAGUAUAAAACUAAAUAAUUAUGUAUUGCAUACCUACGUUACCUACCUUACCUACCUUUUAUUUUUAUAGACCAAAAGACGAACACAUUCCAAUAAAUUAUUUAAGUACCCCUUAUUGGGAUUGGAUGACUUAUGGAGACAAAGUAUAAUGCCGCUUUACAAGCCAAGCUAGUCGCAAUCUUAAGAAAAUUCUAGGAUCAAAUGGCCGAAAUGCUCGUUGGUAUCCGAUUACCUAAGUGAUCCCAAUCGCCUCUGUCUACCCUACGUCUAAAUGUUAAACGUAAUUUUGCUAGUCUUUUGCAUUAUGUAGUGUGUACAUAAGAUGAUUUAUUGAAGUAUUUCCUAGUUAUGCCAUAUUGUUGAUUAAUAAUUAGCUUUAAGGUUGUCCAUUUUAUUGUACGUUAAUUUCUUACU